GUUAAAGGGUUGUGUGCUUGUGGCUUAGUUUUUUUUUCUUUUUUCUUCUCAGUUUUAUCUUUAGCUUUGUUUGGUUUUGCAAGAAUGAAAGGGGAAGGGCCUCCUAACCAACCCCACAGAUCAGUUCCGGCCAGCCUUGAGGCUCACAGGGUUUAUGGUCACUGACUUCAUUGAGCCAGGGAGCACGGAAGUGCCGCCACUGUGCAACUUGGGUUUUCUUUAUCCUGCAGUUUUUACCUCAGCAGAACUGCACACCAGAGACUCCCUCCAGCUCUUCGUGUGUGGCUCUCUCAAGAGCAAGCUGUGGGUCUGUGAGUGUUUAUGUGUGCUUUUCUUCACUUCACACUUAUUGAAAAGUGUGUAUGUGAGAGGGUGGGGUGUGUGUGUCAAAGAGAGUGAAGAAGAGAAGGAGACAGAUCAGUUGAUUCUGCGGCCUCGGCUCCAGCAUCCCUCAGUUGGGAGCUUCUGUAGCCAGGUGAUCACUUGGAGUGCAUAGCUCAGAGAUGCAGUCCCCCUGGAAAAUCCUUACGGUGGCACCUCUAUUCUUGCUCCUGUCUCUUCAGUCCUCGGCCUCUCCAGCCUACGAUGACCUGUCCAGGCCCAGCUACUCGAAUGGGCACACCUGUGUAGGGUGUGUGCUGGUGGUGUCUGUGAUUGAACAGCUCGCUCAAGUUCACAACUCGACAGUCCAGGCCUCGAUGGAGAGACUUUGCAGCUACCUGCCUGAAAAACUGUUCUUGAAAACCACCUGCUAUUUAGUCAUUGACAAGUUUGGAUCAGACAUCAUAAAACUGCUUAGCGCAGAUAUGAAUGCGGAUGUGGUAUGUCACACUCUGGAGUUUUGUAAACAGAACACUGGCCAACCAUUGUGUCAUCUCUACCCUCUUCCCAAGGAGACAUGGAAAUUUACACUAGAGAAGGCAAGACGAAUUGUCAAGAAGUCCCCAAUUCUGAAAUAUUCUAGAAGUGGUUCUGACAUUUGUUCACUCCCGGUUUUGGCCAAGAUCUGCCAGAAAAUUAAAUUAGCUAUAGAACAGUCUGUGCCAUUCAAAGACGUAGAUUCAGACAAAUACAGCGUUUUCCCGACCCUGCGGGGCUAUCACUGGCGGGGGAGAGACUGUAAUGACAGCGAUGAAUCGGUGUACCCAGGUAGAAGGCCAGACAACUGGGAUGUCCAUCAGGAUUCAAACUGUAAUGGCAUUUGGGGUAUUGAUCCAAAAGAUGGCAUUCCAUAUGAGAAGAAAUUCUGUGAAGGUUCACAGCCCAGGGGAAUCAUUUUGCUGGGAGACUCAGCUGGGGCUCAUUUUCACAUCUCUCCUGAAUGGAUCACAGCGUCGCAGAUGUCUUUGAACUCUUUCAUCAAUCUACCAACAGCCCUUACCGAUGAGCUCGACUGGCCCCAACUCUCUGGUGUUACAGGAUUUCUGGACUCCACUGUUGGGUAAGGA